AUGCUAGACAUCAGAAGAUUUGAUAUAUACCGAAAGGUGCCCAAGGACUUAACGCAACCUACCACUGCAGGGGCUGUUAUUUCAAUCAUUUGUGUUAUUUUUAUUACUUUUAUGGUUUUUAAUGAUAUUUUGGCAUAUAUUUUCAUAGAUUUAAAAAGCGAGUUUUAUAUUGAUGAUCCCGGCAGAGAAGGAAAAAUUGAUGUAGAAGUAAACGUUACUUUUCCAAAUAUAGGUUGCGAAUAUCUUGGCGUUGACAUUCAAGACGAGAAUGGACGCCACGAAGUUGGCUUUGUUGACAAAACCACAAAAACACCCGUUGACGACAAUGGAUGUAGAUUCGAAAGCAAAUUUGAAAUUAACAAGGUGCCUGGAAAUUUUCAUUUAUCGACCCAUUCAGCUCCUGCACAACCGGAAUCUUACGAUAUGCGCCAUAUAAUUCAUUCCAUAAAAUUUGGUGAUGAUGUUUCGCACAAAAAUUUGAAAGGAAGUUUCAAUCCAUUGCACGACAAGGAUACAACUUCUGAAGGACCGUUGAAUACUCAUGAAUACAUUCUAAAAAUUGUUCCGUCGAUUCAUGAAGAUUAUUCUGGAAAUAUCCUACACAGCUACCAAUACACAUACGGUCAUAAAUCGUACAUUACUUAUCAUCAUUCCGGCAAAAUCAUUCCAGCUGUUUGGUUUAAAUAUGAGUUACAACCAAUAACAUUGAAACAAACCGAAACGCGGCAGUCGUUUUACGUUUUUCUGACAUCGAUAUGUGCUGUAGUAGGAGGUACUUUUACAGUCGCCGGAAUUAUCGAUUCGACAUUUUUUACAAUUUCCGAACUCGUUAAAAAACAUCAGAUUGGAAAACUAACCUAA